AUGCCGGAUCCCAUCCUCUCGCUGCCUGACUCCUCCUCAUCUGUUCCCCCAGCGUCCCCAUCGCCCCUGAGGCCCUUUCCUACCACCACCACCAUCACUACCAACGACAGCAGCAGCGGGAACACGGCCAAUAAUACCAGCACCACCACGUCUUUGACCUCCCCUCCUCCUACUACUACCUCUGCUACGAGCGGGCCCAGCAUCCAUCGCCCUGUGCAAGCCGACCCGGGAGCCUUGUCGAGUCUCAGCCAGUCUGACCCAUCUCCACCACCGAGCGUGGCAGACGAGACAGCAGCACCUCCUCCUCCUCCACCCACAGUGCAGCACUCAGCGUCGCUCAGCGAGCACCAACCGCACCCGCAGAACAAGCAGAACAAGCAGAAACAGCCGUCCAAGCGCCGCCGCUCGACCCUGACUUCGCGCUUUCCCUUGUUGCGAAAGGCUGCUCGUGACGUCUCAGGUUCGCUGCUCCACCACGAGCAGCAUCCCUCCUCCACCGCUGCUCCCUCUCGCAGCCAUUUAAGAUCCACCAGCCGCCCUCACCUCUCCCUCGCCGACACCGACCUCCAUCCUCUGCCCUUCCCCGCCGACUCGCGUACCUCCACCUCGUCCUCGCGCGGCCGCUCCGAUCCUUCACAAGCUCCAUUCGACACCCACCAGCCGCCACAGCAGUUCGAGGAGAAUCCGCAUCGUCCGGCCUCGCGCGCCUCGUCUUCCACCGCCAGCACCCGUUCCCUUGCACACGAGCCGACCUUCACCUCGGAUUCUGCCAGCGUGCCCUCCUCUACUCCGCUCGCUCACACAAAUCCUUCGUCCAAUCCUUCCCCCCUAAGCACAAUCACCGACGCCAAUACCGCCAACACGGACAACAGCAGCCAGAGCAAUUCGCAGGCUCUGCGCAAGGGCCCCGAAAGAAAGAUGCAUCAGACAAGCUCCCGCUUACUCCGUAUGACGGAGGAUGAGCGCCCCUUCACUAGACACGUCAUCUCUACUAAGCUUCAUCAUGUCAACCUUCAGUCACUUUCUCUCAGUCACAGUCUAGCCAAGUUGCACUCCCUCUAUCCUCUCCUUUUUGCUGAAGUCGUGGUUACCGGAACCCUCCUCCAAUGGGAAGUGGACGACCAUUCGCCGGGAAACGAUAAGGCGACCACGGUGCAUGGACACCGGUACAUCAUGGCCCAAGAUUGCCCGAUAAUCCAAGCCAUGUUGGAGAAUCGAGCACCACCUGACGAGUCGACGUGCACGACUUCCCUGCCCGCCGGGAGACGGUCCUCUGUCAUCUUGAAUAACCUGCCUACGAAGACGCUUGCAGAGACCGAGCCGCAAGUGCUUCUCGAACCCAAGCGAUCGCAAAAUCCAUGGGCUGAGUAUAGAUGGAGGGACUUCGAGGACUUGUUCUCCACACUAAUGGUUUCCCUCCCCCUGACACCUCAUCGUGUCCGCUUCAGGAUGAUUGAGUUCACCUUCACUUCGGAUGAAGCGAUAACGAAUCUUGGCUCUCUCAAGUUCUCGCAGUCCAACCGCAUGCCCGAUCCCAAGGACCCAUCCAGGGUUGUCACCACUACGACCACGACAACCUUCUCCAUGGCCAAGGAGAUGGCUCGUUCGGUUUGCCAGAAGUUCCUUGAAGCCAAGUUCAUCGAGUCGGUGGAGAACAAGGUCGACUUCCAGAACAAGGGCUCCGUCUGGCAACUGACUCCCAAGGGUAUCCACAUCCUUGAGCGCUUCUGCUCCCGCAACGGCAUUCAGUCCCCCCAUGUCAAGGCGGUGAUCGAAUCCUCCCGCAAUCCCCAUCAGCUUGUCAUCCUGGAGAGAAGCACCGAAACAGAUGCCCUCCACCAUGACGAACAGACUGUGCACAUCAUCUUCCGACGCUUCGUGGGUCCGAACGUCAACGAGACCGCGUCGUCCGACUCCGAUUCCGUCCACGAAUUUGCCAAGUGCGACGUUGGCGUCCGCAUGAUAAAGCACAAGCCAACCACUGCCCGCCCCUAUGAGCAUGUCUUCACAGGUAAAGCCACCGUCGAGUGGCUCAUGGACUGCUGCACCAUGGUGGAUCGUCGGGAAGGCCUCGAGAUUGGCGAACUGUUCCUGCAACUCAACCUCAUCGCGCCCGUUGACAACCGGAACCCCAAACAGGCCUUCAUGGGCACGAAACAAUCACUAUACUAUGUGACACCUCACGGCGAGAGGGUCGCCGGAUGGGUUGCCGGUGAUGAACCCCUGGCGACCACCGAGACUGCUACCAGCCGAGUGCGUGAAGGGGCCACCCGAGACUCAAACAGCAAUCGCACUCUGGUCAUAAUCAACAAUCCCUCCUGGCGCCUGCUUUACCGAGAGUUCCUCAAGGAUACCAUGUGCGAAGAGAACCUAUCAUUCUACCUCGAAGUGCACAAGGUUGACGUUGUCCGCGAAACCCUUGCUGCUGCAUAUGGCCUGUACAAUGCCUUCCUCGCACCUGGUUCUCCCAAUGAGCUCAACAUCGACCAUGCUCUGCGAACCCAACUGGCUACUCGCAUGACGCGUGCUGUGGGCGAUGACACGGCCAUGGAGAAGAGCCUGGAAGAGGUUGCGAAGCUUUUCGAGAAUGCCCAGAACUCCAUCUUCAAGUUGAUGUCAUCCGACUCCGUCCCCAAGUUCAUCAAACACUCAAAGUACGCACCGCAGCUCCGUGGGCUCGACGCCGCAGCAUCCAAUGCCGCCCAGCCGACGCAAUCGGCCACGACUUCUCGAUCUUCCUAG